AUGUCAUCUGAAUCGAAGCUGAAUGAGGAACACUAUUUUCUGGACAAGAACCAGGUCGAGUUGGAGCGCUUGGAUCUUGGGCAGGCGGUUAUCAAGCAUGCCAUGAAACAGCAGAUCUGGGCUCCAAUAGAUUUCUCACGACAAGACAUCCGCAUUCUGGACUCUGCUGGGGCGAAUGGCAUAUGGGCCGAAGACCUUCGCGCAUCAUUGCCGACUGAUAUUCAAAAUUCAUCCACUUUCAUCGUCACGGACAUCACUGAUGUCUUCUUCCCAGUAUCACCAAUCACUGGUAUUAGGUAUCAGGUACAGUCCAUGCUGCAAGAUUGGCCGGAGGAGAUGGCGGAAAGCUUCGAUCUCGUCCAUCAGCGAAUGGCUCUUCCUGCAGCCAAUAGAACUAAAGUCCGUCAGACGCUUCGUCGGUUUAUGGAACUGAUCAAGCCCGGAGGCUGGAUUCAGUUGGUUGAAGCCGACCACAGCGUUUCGAAAGGACCGGCGAUGGCGGAUUUCUUUCGCCUCCUCAGCGACAUCUUCGCCAAGAUAGGGACGGGAACGGAUUACGCCCGACAGCUGAAAGAUUGGCUUCCAGAUCUUGGGUUCGAAGACGUCCAGGAGAAGAUAUUUGAUAUUCCCCUAGGGCUGGGAAAUGAAGAUGAAACUAUGAAGUCGCAAAGCUCAAGAAUGUUCGAGUAUGGAGCCCGAGGACUAAUUGAGGUGGGGAGAACAAUACCUACAUCAUUCAACAGCGAGGAGCUGGAUGGCCUCGAACGUAGGAUCCGCGAAGAGAAUCUGAACAUGGGGGGCAUCUUUCGAAUACAUUGCGUCUGGGGCAGGAAACCAUUGCUUUUGAAGCAGUGA